AUGAAACUACUCACAAGAUUGCUGAAAACUCUUCGACAGUUCACGACCGAUUUCGCCCUUCUUGGGUCUCAUCAGGUCGCACAUUCCACUUGGCUCAUACAUGAAAUUAAGGGUAACGACUGUAUUAAGGUCUCUGUAGGACAAAGAGUCAGGGAACUUCACACCACAAUGGGAAAGCGCAGGAGAAAAAUAAACAGGAAGUCGAGAAAUGCGGAUGAUUAUCGAGCGGCACUGAAAAAUUCGGCACUUAAGGAACAUACAUUGAACACGGAACAUAAAAUAGACUUAGAAAAUAUUGACGCGAGGACUAUGGUCCACAAUGGAGGGCACCGAACUGGCAAGCGUGUGGAGAACUGUUUUGACCCAGUCGAGCUGACACGUUAUCAGGAGUUGUCAUCAGCUGAAUUCCGAUUGACCUCGUCCACCUUCCCUCCCCCAACUUCCCCACCCCCCAACGAGAUUUACCGAUGGCACCCGCGCAAACUCGUUCGUUCGGAUGGCUCCGAGGUUAACAGCGAACUUACUGACCGGAAAGUCCAUGGUUCAAAUCCGACCACCGCAUCUCGACCGCUCUGGUCUAGACUUGGGCAACCUGGCAUGAUGGUCACAAUUGCUCUUGGCACCGCUACGGUUGAAGAAUACAUGGUUAUCGUUGCUGCCUUGUUCGUGAAAAACCUAAGCAGUCGCUUGUAUUGCAGUACCCGUGAAAUUAUGAACCACAUCAAGCGAUUCGGACGAGUUUCUACGCAAUACGAAGGCAUACUAUAUUCGAAGGACAUUGCACCUGAAAAUGUUGAGGUUUUGAGGUGGUCCACGUCAUGGAGAGUUAUAGCCGAGGCGGCAGAAAUCGCCAAGCAUCCCAGUGUUAACAGAAUAGAAGGCGUGGAACUGGCAAGCGUGUGGAGAUCGGUCUUGGUUAAAUUGUCGCAAAAUUCACGUGGCCACGAAGACCAAAGAAAAUCUACCAGUGGCACCCUGAAGUGGAAGAUUAAGCAACAGAAAGCGAUCAGAACUAAUUUGAGACUCGAGAAAUACACACUCGUUUUCAAAUCAAUUUGGUUUUCACAAGAGACUCAACUGAAUCUCUCGUUUAUGAUGUUCUACAACUGA